AUGCGGCGCCCUCUGGCGCGCUCGCUGCUCGGCGCGCCUCUCCCCGUCUCUCCGUGUCCAGCGCUGCUCGCAGGCUUAACGAGAAAGUUCCUGGCGAUCUGGUGGCCGCUGAAGUUCCAAAUCACGAAGCGGCGCGCGCGGCUGAUCAUCGCGGCCAUCUGGCUGGUGGCGCUGACCACGACGCUGCCGUGGGCGCUCUUCUUCGACCUGGUGUCCGUGCUGGACGACGUGCGCGUCUGCGUCGAGGUGUGGCCCGACCCAGCCGACGGCGCGCUCUACUUCCUCUUCGGCAACCUGCUCUUCUUCUACGUCGUGCCCUUCGCCCUCAUCUCGCUCUGCUACGUUCUCAUCUGGAUCAAGGUGUGCAAGCGGGAUAUCCCUGGUGACUCCACGGAUGCACAGCUGGAACGCAUGCAGCACAAGAGCAAGAUCAAGGUGGUCAAGAUGCUGGUGGUGGUGGUGAUCCUGUUCGUGGCGUCGUGGCUGCCGCUGUACGUGAUCUUCGCGCGCAUCAAGCUGGGCGGCGAGCUGGCCGCCUGGGAGGACGAGGCGCUACCGGUGGCGACGCCGGUGGCGCAGUGGCUGGGCGCCUCCAACUCGUGCAUCAACCCGCUGCUGUACGCCUUCUUCAACCACAAGUUCCGGCGCGGGUUCGCCGCCAUACUGCGCUCGCGGCGCUGCUGCGGCCGCCUGCGCUACUACGAGACGGUGGCGCUCUCCGGCUCGAGCGUGCGCAAGUCGUUCAACAACAACAACUCGUCGACCCGGCGACCCGACACGUCCGUGUCGUACAUCUUCAACAACACGGGCGUGUAG